GGAGCAAGUCGAGCUGUUCGGUUCCCUCCACGGCCUGGAAGCAGAGAAGCAACUGGGCUGAAGCAGACAAAGAUGAUGGCAAUGAAGGGCACUCUGGACAAUUGAGGAUAACAAGCAACAUUGAACAGCAAAGCAAGUCAGUCCACAAAUCAAAAUAUUUCCCAUUUCUUUCAGAGAGCCACACAAUUCUUCACCUCCCUCAGCAAGUGAGAGAGAAACGAGAGAAAAUCAGGAAGAGAUUUCUAGCUGGGAAAAGUAGUGUGUGAAAUUCAAGCAUAUAUUACAUGAAAAGUCAAGGGAGAUUAUUCUUCCAUUGGGCAAAAGAUGGAAAUAUCUGGAAGUUACUGGGGAGGAAAAGGUCAAUUGGAAAGCCACAUAGAGAAGACAGAGUUGCAGACAUCAUUCUGGGAGGAAGAAAACGGCUUGAAUCAAAGCACUGCUAAACAAGGGAUAAUCCAUAUUUUGGACCUCCUCAGGAAUAUGAGUUGUGGAAAAGCUCCAUAGACAUGCCUGUUGUGGGAAAGAGAGAACUUGUAAAUCACAACUGAUUAUGCCUCAGAGAAUCACGACAUGAGAAAAUCCAGUCUAAAUGUGGCAAAAUCUCUGAUCAGAACAACUCUGACUGUUGUUCUUGGAAGGACCCACACAGGAGAGAAGCCCUACAAGUGCUCCUAAUGUGGUAAAUGCUUUAGUGAGCAUGGCAAAGUGGACUCACACCAAGGAGAAGCUGUUAGAAUGUCCUGAUUGUGGGAAAUGUUUCUGUGAUGAUUCCAACCUGGUGAUACAUCACAGAUUUCACACGGGCGAGAAACCCUUUAAAUGUCCUGACUGCGGGAAUAGUUUCAGUCAAAAUUUUCACCUCAUUUCACACCAGAGGACUCACACAGGAGAGAAACCAUUUUUGUGUCCUGAUUGUGGUAAAAGUUUCAGUCACAAUUCCACCCUGGUGAAACACCAGAGGACUCACACAGGAGAGAAACCGUUUGAAUGUCCUGACUGUGGGAAAAGUUUCAGUCAGAAUUCCAGCCUGAUUCAACAUCAGAGCACUCACACAGGAGAGAAACCUUAUGAAUGUCCUGUUUGUGGGAAAAGUUUCAAUAAGAAUUCCAGCCUCGUGACACACCAGAGGAUUCAUACAGGAGAGAAGCCCUUUGAAUGUCCUGAUUGUGGAAAAAGUUUCAGUACCAAUUCCAGCCUCGUGACACACCAGAGAACUCAUACAGGAGAGAAACCCUUUGAAUGUCCUGAUUGUGGGAAUAGUUUCAGUCGAAAUUCUCACCUAGUUUCACACCAGAGGACUCAUACAGGAGAGAAACCCUUUGAAUGUCCUGUUUGUCCGAAACGUUUCAGUAAGAAUUGCAGCCUGGUGACACACCAGAGGACUCACACAGGAGAGAAACCCUUUGUGUGUCCUGAUUGUGGUAAAAGUUACAGUCACAAUUCCACCCUGGUGAAACAUCAGAGGACUCACACAGGAGAGAAAAUCUUUGAAUGUGCUGACUGUGGGAAAAGUUUCAGUCAGAAUUCCAGCCUGAUUCUACACCAGAGCACUCACACAGGAGAAAAACGGUACGAGUGUCCUGUUUGUGGGAAAAGUUUCAGUAAGAAUUCCAGCCUCGUGACACACCAGAGGAUUCACACAGGAGAGAAACCCUUUGAAUGUCCUGAUUGCGGAAAAACUUUCAGUACAAAUUUCAGCCUUGUGACACACCAGAGGACUCAUACAGUAGAGAAACCCUUUAAAUGUCCUGACUGUGGGAAAAGUUUCAUUCAGAAUUCCAGCCUCGUGAUACACCAGAGGAGUCACACAGGAGAGAAACCCUUUGUGUGUCCUGAUUGUGGUAAAAGUUUCAGUACCAAUUUCAGCCUCGUGACACACCAGAGGACUCACACAGGAGAGAAGCCCUUUGUGUGUCCUGAUUGUGGUAAAAGUUUCAGUCAGAAUUCCACCCUGGUGAAACACCAGAGGACUCACACAGGAGAGAAACCGUUUGAAUGUCCCGACUGUGGCAAAAGUUUUAGUCAGAAUUCCAGCCUCGUGACACACCAGAGGAUUCACACAGGAGAGAAACCCUUUCAAUGUCCCGAUUGUGGGAAAAGUUUCAGUACCAAUUUCAGCCUUGUGACACACCAGAGGACUCACACAGGAGAGAAACCCUUUAAAUGUACUGAUUGUGGUAAAAGUUUCAGCAAGAAUUCCACCCUGGUUCAACACCAGAGGACUCACACAGGAGAGAAACCCUUUAAAUGUCCUGACUGUGGGAAAAGUUUCAGUCAGAAUUCCACCCUGGUUCAACACAAGAGGAUUCACACAGGAGAGAAACCCUUUAAAUGUCCUGACUGUGGGAAAAGUUUCCGUCAGAAUUCCAACCUCAUUGGCCACCAGAGGACUCACACAGGAGAGAAACCGUUCGAAUGUUCUGAUUGUGGGAAAUGUUUCGGUCAGAAUUCCAGCCUGGUUCAACAACAGAGGACUCACACAGGAGGGAAACUGUAUUAUGCCUGCUCCAGUGCCAUGAUGACAGUCGGCCUGCUCUCGCCUAGGUGCCGCAUCCGCAUAGCCCAUGCUACUGAGCGCCCAUCACAGCAGUCCCAGCACCAGCAUCACUGCCCCGGGGCUUCCUUGGCAGCACAGGUGGCGGUGGCAGAGAAGCCUCCAGGUGUGGCGGGCAGAAGUCAGCACGUGUGCUUCUGCCAGGCAUCCUUCUCCACUUUGCGGGAAGCCGGGGCAAAGAGGCGGCUACAGGCAAAGAGACCCACAACCCUGCAUGGAGAGUCCGCCCACAUUGACAUGGACUAUGUGGAUUUGCCUGCCUCUCGUAAGCGCGGCUACUUCCUGAGCCUCUGUGGCCGUGAGGUUUUUGCAACGGCCAGGGUCCUGGCUGCCCCAUCGCUAGUUUUUGAAAUGCCGUGGGAUGAUUUAUUGGCCAAGCUGAGGAGCCAUUACUCCCCAACGCCUUCUCGUAUCGCCCGGAGGCUUGCGUUUCGACGGCGUGUCCAGCGACCGGGGGAAUCGAUCAACGAUUAUAUGGCGUCCCUGCGUUCUGCUGCCCUAUAUUAUCAGCUGGUGGCUGGGACCACUGACCUGCGGCUGCAGCGUCGACUGCUAGCCCGCUCAGACAUCACCUUGGCCACAGCGUUGGUUGAGGCGCAGGCGGCCGAGUUGGCGGAGAAGUCCGCGGCGGAGAUUCAGAGAUUCCGUCCACCUGAGACUCAAGCCGCACCUGGCCUGGCGGUUCACCACGGGGAGGCGCAACCAUCGGAGACACCAUAUGGCUCUUCGGAUGAAGGCGAUGAUGCGCCGUCUCAAGUCCUUUCCUCGGCGCGGCGUCACCUAGCCGGGUCUGCGGGCGGGGUUAUGGCUGAUUCCCUGAGAGAUCCUGCUCCCCGUCGGAAGUCUUCUGGCCUGCCGGCCACCCGCAAGGAUGAUUGUUUCGCUGUCGGGCAUGCCACCGUUGACCCUCUUGGUAAUAAGAUCUACCUUACGGGUGGUGAUUCCGUCUACUCUGAAGGGGUCAUUCUGAAUACCCUACACGAGGCCCACCCUGGCAUUGUCCGCAUGAAGUCGCUGGCCAGAGUUAUGUGUGGUGGCCGGGGUGGACCGAUAUUGAAAUGUGUGUGUCCUGUUGCACAAGUUGUCAACAGUCGAGGCCAGCUCCCGGUGCCCAUUAGGAGUGGAGGUACCCGCUCACCUGGUCCCGAAUCCAUUUGGAUUAUGCAGGGCCGUGCCAGAAAGGACGGGAGGGGAGGAGAAGCUCAGAGGAACUUCCUUUUCCGGAUGACUCAUGGGAGGAAGGUGGAGUGCAGAGCGGCUUUUGUGCUCUUCCCAGGGUCGAAGCAGCAGCUGGCAGUUGUGGAAGAGCUCCAUAGAUGUUCCUGUUGUAGGAAAGAUACAACUUGCAAAUCACAGGUGAUUAUGCCUGAGAGGAUCCCAACUGGAGAAAAGCCAUACAAUACUCUAACUGUGGCAAAACCUCUGAUCAGAACACCUCCAUUGUGGUUCUUGGAAGGACCCACACAGGAGACAAGCCCUACAAGUGCUCCCAAUGCAGUAAAUGCUUUAGCAAGCAUGGCAACGUGGACUCACACCAAGGAGAAACUGUUUGAAUGUCCUGUUUGUGGGAAAAGUUUCAGUAAGAAUUCCAGCCUGGUGACACACCAGAGAACUCACACAGGAGAGAAACCCUUUAAAUGUCCUGAUUGUGCAAAAAGUUUCAGUCAGCAUUCCAGCCUGGUUCAACACCAGAGAACUCACACAGGAGAGAAACCCUUUGAGUGUCCUGAUUGUGGUAAAAGUUUCAGUCACAAUUCCAGCCUGGUGAAGCACCAGAGGACUCACACAGGAGAGAAACCAUUUGAGUGUCCUGACUGCGAGAAAAGUUUCAGUCAGAAUUCCAGCCUGGUUCAACAUCAGAGGACUCACACAGGAGAAAAACCCUUUGAAUGUCCUGACUGUGGUAAAAGGUUCAGUCAGAAUUCCACCCUGAUUCAACAUCAGAGGACUCACACAGGAGAAAAACCCUUUGAAUGUCCUGAUUGUGGUAAAAGUUUCAGUCAUAAUUCCAGCCUAUUUCAACACCAGAGCACUCACACAGGAGAGAAACCGUAUGAGUGUCCCGUUUGUGGGAAAAGUUUCAGUAAGAAUUCCAGCCUCGUGACACACCAGAGGAUUCACACAGGAGAGAAACCCUUUAAAUGUCCUGAUUGUGGUAAAAAUUUCAGUACGAAUUUCAGCCUCGUGACACACCAGAGGACUCACACAGGAGAGAAACCCUUUAAAUGUCCUGAUUGUGGGAAAACUUUCAGCAAGAAUUCCACCCUGGCUCAACACCAGAGGACUCACACAGGAGAGAAACCCUUUAAAUGUCCUGAUUGUGGGAAAAGUUUCAGUCAGAAUUCCACCCUGGUUCAACACCAGAGGAUUCACACAGGAGAGAAACCCUUUAAAUGUCCUGAUUGUGGAAAAAGUUUCCGUCAGAAUUCCAACCUCAUCGGCCACCAGAGGAUUCAUGCAGGAGAGAAACCGUUUGAAUGUCCUGAUUGUGGGAAAUGUUUCAGUCAGAAUUCCAGCCUGGUUCAAGACCUGAGGACUCAUAUAGGAGAGAAAACCUUUGAAUGUCCUGUUUGUGGGAAAAGCUUCAGUCAGAAUUCCAAACUCAUUAGCCACCAGAGGAUUCACACAGGAGAGAAACCCUUUGAAUGUCCUAAUUGUGGGAAAUGUUUUAGUAACAAUUCUAACCUGGUGAAACACCAGAGGACUCACACAGGAGAGAAACCCUUUAAAUGUCCUGACUGUGGGAAAAGUUUCCAUCAGAAUUCCAACCUCAUCGGCCACCAGCGGAUUCACGCAGGAGAGAAACCCUUUGAAUGUCUUGACUGUGGGAAAUGUUUCAGUCAGAAUUCCACCCUGGUGAAACACCAGAGGACUCACACAGGAGAUAAACCCUUUGAAUGUCUUGACUGUGGUAAAAGUUUCAGUCAUAAUUCCAGCCUAGUUCAACACCAGAGGACUCAUACAGGAGUGAAACCCUUUGAGUGUCCUGACUGUGGGAAAAGUUUCAGUCAGAAUUCCAGCCUGGUUCAACACCAGAGGAUUCACACAGGAGAGAAACCCUUUGAAUGUCCUGACUGUGGUAAAAGUUUCAGUAAGAAUUCCAAUCUGGUGAAACACCAGAGGACUCACACAGGAGAGAAACCCUUUAAAUGUCCUGAUUGUGGGAAAAGUUUCAGUCAGAAUUCCACCCUGGUUCAACACCAGAGGAUUCAUACAGGUGAGAAACCCUUUAAAUGUCCUGACUGUGGGAAAAGUUUCCGUCAGAAUUCCAACCUCAUCGGCCACCAGAGGAUUCACGCAGGAGAGAAACCCUUUGAAUGUCCUGAUUGUGGAAAAUGUUUCAGUAACAAUUCCAACCUGGUGAAACACCAGAGAAUUCACACAAGAGAGAAAUCCUUUGACGGUCUUGACUAUGGAAAAAGUUUCAGUCAGAAUUCCAGCCUGAUUCAACAACAAAGGAGACUUACACAGGAGGGAAACCGUAUUAGUGUCCAGACUGUGGGAAAGUUCUCAGUACUAGGGUUAACCUUAUUUGUGGAAAAGCUCCGUAGACGUUCCUGUUCUGGGAAAGAUACUACUUACAAAUCACAGCUGAUUAUGCCUGAGAGGAUCAAGAUUGGAGAAAAGCCAUACAAUACUCUAAAUAUGUCAAAACCUCUGAUCAGAACACCUCCAUUGUGGUUCUUCGAAGGAUCCACACAGGAGGGAAGCCCUACAAGUGUUCCCAAUGCAGUAAAUGCUUUAGCAAGCAUGGAAACAUGGACUCACACCAAGGAGAAACCCUUUGAAUGCCCUGAUUGUGGGAAGAGUUUUAGUAAGAAUUCCAGCCUGGUGACACACCAGAGGAUUCACACGGGAGAGAAACCCUUUGAAUGUCCCGAUUGUGGAAAAAGUUUCAGUCAGCAUUCCAGCCUAGUGACACACCAGAGGACUCACACGGGAGAGAAACCCUAUGAGUGUCCUGAUUGCGGUAAAAGUUUCAGUCACAAUUCCAGCCUGGUGAAACACCAGAGGACUCACACAGGAGAGAAACCCUUCAAAUGUCCUGACUGUGGGAAAAGUUUCAGUCAGAAUUCCAGCCUUAUUGGUCACCAGAGAAUUCACACAGGAGAGAAACCCUUUAAAUGUCCUGAUUGUGGUAAAAGUUUCAGCAAGAAUUCCAACCUGGCUCAACACCAGAGGACUCACACAGGAGAGAAACCCUUUAAAUGUCCUGAUUGUGGGAAAAGUUUCAGUCAGAAUUCCAACCUUGUGACACACCAGAGGACUUACAUCAGGAAGAAAAUGUUUGAAUGUCCUGAGUGUGGAAAAUGUUUCUGUGAUAAUUCCAACCUAGUGAUACACCAAAGGACACACACAGGAGAGAAACCCUUUAAAUGUCCUGAUUGUGGCAAAAGUUUCAGUACCAAUUCCAGCCUGGUUAGACACCAGAGGAUUCACACAGGAGAGAAACCCUUUGAAUGUCCUGUUUGUGGAAAAAGUUUCAGUAACAAUUCCAGCCUUGUGACACACCAGAGGACUCACACAGGAGAGAAACCCUUUGAGUGUUCUGAUUGUGAGAAAUGUUUCAGUGAUAAUUCCAGCCUGGUUAAACACCAGAGAACUCACACAGGAGAGAAACCCUUUGAAUGUUCUGUUUGUGGGAAAAGUUUCAGUAACAAUUCCACCCUUGUGACACACCAGAGGUCUCACACAGGAGAGAAACCCUUUAAAUGUCCUGACUGUGGGAAAAGUUUCAGUCACAGUUCCUAUCUCACUGGGCACCAGAGGAUUCACGUAGGAGAGAAACCAUUUGAAUGUCCUAUUUGUGGGAAAAGUUUCAGUCAGAAUUCCCACCUUGUGGAACACCAGAGGACUCACACAGGAGAGAAACCCUUUAAAUGUCCUGACUGUGGGAAAAAUUUCAGUCAGAAUUCCACCCUGGUUCAACACCAGAGGGUCCACACAGGAGAGAAACCCUUUAAAUGUCCUGACUGUGGGAAAUGUUUCAGUCAGAAUUCUACCCUGGUUCAACACCAGAGGAUUCACACAGGAGAGAAACCCUUUAAAUGUCCUGACUGUGGGAAAUGUUUCAGUCAGAAUUCUACCAUGGUUCAACACCAGAGGAUUCACACAGGAGAGAAACCCUUUAAAUGUUCUGACUGUGGGAAAAGUUUCUCUCAGAGAUCCCAGCUCAUGGUACACCAGAGGACUCACACAGGAGAGAAACUGUAUGAGUGUCCUGUUUGUGGAAAAAGUUUCAGUUGGAAUUCCAACCUGGUGAUAUACCACAGUACUCACACAGGAGAGAAAUCAUACAAGUGUCCAGAUUGUGGGAAAGAUUUCAGAAUUGGGACUAGCCUUCUAAAUCAUAUGCUUAUAUACACAGGAGAGAAACCAUUUGAGUGCCCUUUGGAUGGUGCUUCAGGAAACCUUCCACCCUUAUUGCGCACAAGAAAAUCCACAUGAGGCCCUAAGUGAUGAAUGUUUUGGCAACGAGAGAAGGUUUUAAUUUCAUUUCUAAUGUCACAUUGUAAGUUCAGCUGAGAAAUUGACUUUUAAAUUUGACUAUUAAGAAUUUGCCUAAUUAUUUGUAGGUAAAUAUGUAAUUGUAUUAGACUGGAAAAAAGAUAGAAAGAAAAAAAUAGCAACAUAUUAGUUUGCUAAUGCCUAUCUUGCCAUCAGCAGCAGAAGUUGCUGGAUACAGGUACUCCUCGCGUUACGAAUGUAAUAGAGCGUGUCUAUUCCACCCGAAACUCGAGAAUUCAUGGGAGUGAAUCUUGUACAUUGAAUGACAUCACUCCCUGCUUUUGCCCUUGCAUUUGCUGCUUUCUCGUCCCAUAUCAACCUGACGAGACCUCUGGCGCCAAGAAAGCAGCCCUGAAAAACUGUGUGUAGUUUCUUGGGACUGCUUUCUCGUCGACAAAGCGCUUGAGGAUUGUGUUUCUCUAGGCUUUGGCAAUUCUUUGCAAAAAGUUGCUGGAUAUAGGUAGUCCUCGAGUUACAUAUGGAAUGGAUGCUGCCCAUUACAUCCAUAACUCGAGAAUUCAUGGGAAUGAAUCCCUUAUAUUGAAUGACAUUGCACACUGCUAUCGCCCACGCAUUCAAUUACACAGAAGUCUCCAUUAGGUCAAAGUGAGAAAGUCACAUACCCAGCUGGGCUAGAAAAGGGGCUUAACAAGAGGAGAUGACUGUCUGUAUACGGUAAGAGAAAUUUCUCCAAAAGGCAUUUCAAAGGGCUGCAAAAAAGAUUGGUAAUACAGAUGUGCAUGCAACAAUGUACCACUCUUUGAUACGCAUUCCUUUUUUUAAUUGAAAAUUUUAAUUUAAUAAAAUAUACAAAAUCCUUGCCAAAGAAACUGCAAGGCUUGACAUCAAGACUGACUCUUUGUUUGAUACACAUUCCUUUUUUUAAUUAGAAAUUUUUAAUCGAAUAAAAUAUAUAAAUCGAAUAAAAACAAAGAACGGAUACAGAAAUGCAGGAAAGGAAUCGAAAAAAGAAAAAUAUAAUUGCACCUUCCAUCCUUUUCUCUGUUGAGAAAUUGUCAUCACAUAUUCUUAUAUGGAAAUUAUCUUUGCUCAGUUGACCUGAAUGAAAACUUCCUUGGAAACUGAUCCUGGCCUGACAUCCAUUCCUCAGAGAAAUCCAGUCCAACAUUUCCCUUCCACGUUGCUCAUAUCUGCAGAGGAACAGAGAGACUUUCUCAAUGCAAGAUAGCAAGCAGUAACCAGACCCUCAUGGUAGAAUCCCACUUAAGGACUCCUUGGGCCAGAUGGGAUCCCAGGGAAUGAGACUGUUGUGGCCCACCAGUGGCCAGGAGAGCUAGCAGCAGAUUCAGAUAGUGAGGAGGUUGGGGAGGAACGUGGGCCAGUCCUGGAGUCUGGGGAAGGCUCGGACUAGGGCUCUGCAUUGGGAGGCAGAGAGGGGCCCAGGGCCAUCUGGUAGUUAAGUGCUGCCUCCAGAAUCUGACAUCAACAAGGCAGAAGAACAGUGUGAGCCUGUUCCCAGUGUCCGCAUGCGCAGAGCUGCCAGAAGGCAAGAACACUUUUUUAAAAAGGGCGACUUGGGAGUAAGGCUUGGAGAGCCUCCCAUAAGACAUAAAAGAGGAGCAAACAGAUGUGAGCCUUUGGAGGAAGCAAUUAGUUCAUAUAGUCUGAGAAGUCAGUUUGACUCUGCGCUCAGUUUUGGCUUGCAAAACUAAUUGACAAUUACUGUAUUUUUCAGAGUAUAAGACACACUCCCCACCCCAAAAAAAAGAGGCUGAAAAUUUGGGUGCAUCUUAUACUCCAAAUGAAGCAAUCACCGUGUUUUGCCUGCUCCCUCUGACUCUCAGCUGUGAAGCUUUUUUUUUACCCCUAAGAGGCGCUAGCGAGUGAAGCGAUCUCCAUGGUUUGCCUGCUUUUCUCAUUGCUUCUCUCUCCAAAGACCAACUGUGAUCUAGAAACUGUUUUUAUCCCCAACCAGGGGAUAAAAUCCAGCAAACUAAUGUGCUGAAGCUGACCAGACUAAGGAUGCUGGCCAGAUGAAUACCUGGUAGGCAGAUUUUUUUUUCCUAUUUUCCUCCCCAAAAACUAAGCUGCAUCUUAUACUCCGGUGUGUCUUAUUCUCUGAAAAAUACAGCAGUGUAUCUGGCAGCGUUUCAAGGGAGAUAAAGGUGGGUGCUUAUCAACAUUACCCUGAAAGACUGUGUUA